AUGCCGCGGAAGGGAAGGCGAUCCCAGGCCCAGAAGCAGCGCUGGAGCACGGUCCAGGACCCUGACCGCCCCCCCUGCACCCUCUCUCCAGUCAACAACGUGGUUGGAGCCACCCUGCCAGCCAGACCGUUCUGGGGUGAGGAUGAAGUGCGUGCGGAGUUUUAUGCACGCCGUGGCACCGGGAGGCGCCACAAAGUGUUGAAAUGGCCAGUUUCCCUCGUCACUGGGCGCAGCCACAAGCUGACCAUCCCGCCUGAGUCUCCUGACAAGAAGUUUGUUCUGAUUGUCGGUGACUCCCAUCUACGCGCUAUUGUAGAUGGCAUUGUCCCGAUGCCAAAGUCCGACACCCUCUGCUUUGGCCUCAUGUCGACUCCGGGAGCCAGUGCGUCUCAGAUCCGUACUGAGGUUCUACACGCCGUAGUUCCUCGUACUCCUGAGGCCGUCUGUGUGCUGGCUCCCAGCAACAACCUGACUGCCAGCAGGACCGUCGAUGAGGCUGCCAUCGACUUCGCCAACCUCCUGCAGUCCGUUGGCAACCGCUGGCCUAAGGUUUUUGUCGUCGACUUCCCUCCCCGCCUGACUUGUGACCUCGACUACCAGGAUCACAUGCGUCAGGCAUAUCGCCGUGUGGCUGCUCGUAUGGGUAUGUGGAAAAAUUUAAGUUUCAUACUAAUUGAGAAAAUAUCUAUUGCAUAAAAAGCAAUUCAUAUAAAGUCACAAUACAGUAUAUCAUGAUGACUCAUGCUUUUGUCCCUCUUUUUCAAGGCGUGAG